CCGCGCAUGCGCGCUGGCGGCCCGUGCGAGGCCAAGAUGGCGGCGCUGGGCGGGCCCGUGGAGGUGGCGCUGGUCUCGGCGGGCGAGGCCUGCUCGGCCUGGGAGGUGGGCUCCGGGGCCUCGGUGGCGGGCUACCGGGGAGGCUGCUGCGGGGCCCGGGGCCUGGCCCUGCUCGCCGGGGAGCGGCUCCUCGGCGCCCAGCUGGGAAAGCCCUACGUCGCCGUCUGGGAGCUCCAGAGGAAGGACCAACUCCAGCAGAAGAUCAUCUGUCCAGGCCUGGUGUCCUGCUUGACCGCUGCUCCCAACGGGCUCUACGUCUUGGCCGGAAUCUCCGAAAGCCUCUACCUGUGGGAGGUCUGUAGCGGGAACCUGCUGGCCAUCCUGAACCGGCACUACCAGGACCUGUCAUGUCUCGCUUUCACGGACGACAGCAGCCACUUCGUCUCGGGGGCCAAGGACUGCCUCGCCAUCGUCUGGAGCCUCUGCAACGUGCUGCAGGUUGACCCUGGCCAAAGCCCGGAGCCUCGCCACGUGUGGUCUCAGCACACGCUUCCCGUCACGGACCUCUGUUGCGGGAUCGGCGGGCCCAUGUCACGCGUGGCCACCGCCUCGCUCGACCAAACGGCGAAGUUGUGGGAGAUCUCCUCCGGCGACCUGCUCCUCUCGGUUGUCUUUGACGUCAGCCUCAUGUCCGUGACCCUCGACCUGGCCGAGUAUCACAUGUUCUGCGGCGGAAUCGACGGCUCCGUCUUCCAGGUCGACCUUUGCUCCUGGCCCGUCAGCAGGGAGAGGGGCUUCCACUCCGAGCGAGAGAGCGGGAAGAUCUUCAAAGGGCAUAAGAACCAGGUGACCUGUCUCUCCAUCUCCACCGACGGGAGCCUUUUGCUCUCCGGCUCUCACGACGAAACCGCCCGGCUGUGGGACGUCCAGAGCAAGCAGUGCCUGCGGACCGUGAAUUACAAAGGUCCGGUCACCAACGCCUUCCUGGCCCUGGCGCCCGCCAACAUGCUUGCCCCGGAGGCCAAGCCGGCCGUCCCGUUGCCCAAGUUCGGGCGGCACCUCCACGACGCCGAGGCCUCCGAGAACCCCGCCGGAGACGGGCUGACCCUGCGUCUGGGGCUGCACCAGAAGGGAUCCGGCGAGAGUUACCUGGAGAAGGCCGAGCGCUUGCAUUCCCAGAUGUGUGCCACGAGGGAGAAGAACUUGUCGGGAGACCAGGAGCAGCUCAAGAUCCAGGUCACGGAGCUGGAAGAGGAGGUCCGCACCCUCCGCAAGAUCAACAAGAGCCUCUUCGACUUCUCCAGCCACAUCCUCACCAAGCCGGGCAAAUAGCGGGGUCAUCCGUGUCCUCGCCGACUGUGACGUGUAUGUUUUUUUGAAGUUUUCUUUUUGUAAAAAAAUAAAUAAAUCCAAAAAUAAAGGAAACCUAAUACAAGA